UGGGGCCUCUCUUACCAAUAUAUAUAUAUGCACAUAUAGUUGCAAGUGGCAUCCACACAAUAAUAAUAAGUCGAAGAGAGAGGAGUGUGAUCGAAUGGAAAGAAUGGAGGAGAUGAUGAAGGUCGUUCCCCUUGUUUUGAGGACCAUUUUUUGGGUAGCUCUUAUGGGAUUGUCUGGCUUGUUAUUUCAUCUUUUCAACCGUGUGUGGCUUGAGUCUAAAAAGAUCAGGAAGAAGCUACAAAUGCAAGGUAUCAAAGGGCCUCCACCUUCUUUCUUACAUGGGAAUCUUACUGAGAUGCACAAGAUCCAAUUCCAGGCCACCAAAGGAGCCUCAAAUCAUGCUGAUCAGAUUCUAGCCCACGACUACACUUCUACCCUCUUCCCAUAUUUUGAACAUUGGAGAAAAGAAUACGAAAGUGGGCCUGGUAUGGAGCUGGCAAUGAUUGGGCUGAAGUCCAAAACUAGAAGAAUUGGUUGUGGUCUGAUAUAUACUUAUUCGACGGGUAUGAGGCAACACUUGUAUGUAAACCAGCCGGAGCUAGUGAAGGAAAUGAACCAGUGUAUCACUUUGGCCUUAGGUAAGCCUUAUUAUGUGACAAAGCGACUUGCACCCAUGCUCGGCAAUGGCAUUUUGAGGUCCAACGGCCUUAUUUGGGCACAACAAAGGAAAAUUGUUGCACCAGAGUUCUUCAUGGACAAAGUUAAGGGUAUGGUGGGGCUAAUGCUUGAAUCGGCACAACCAUUGUUAAGAAAAUGGGAAGACUACAUCGAAGAUCAAGGUGGUGUGACAGCAGACAUUCAAGUGGAUGAGGAUUUAAAGAGUGUAUCAGCAGAUGUGAUCUCAAGGGCUUGUUUUGGGAGCUCUUAUUUCAAAGGCAAAGAAAUUUUCUUAAAGCUUAGAAGCCUUCAGAAAGCUAUUUCCCAGCAAGGCUUUCUUUUGGGGGUCACGAGUUUCGGUGGCAGGUUUCUUCAAACGGGGAAGCAAAAGGAGAUUAGCAAUUUGGAGAGAGAGAUCGAGUCAUUGAUCUGGAAGGUGGUGAAAGAACGAGAACAAGAAUGCUUAGAGACAUGUUCUUCUGAAAAGGAUCUAUUGCAGUUGAUAAUGGAGGCAGCCAUGACUGAUCAAAGUCUGGGCAAGGAUUCAGCCAAGUCCAAGAGCUUCAUAGUUGAUAAUUGCAAGAACAUAUACUUUGCCGGGCACGAAUCCACUGCUGUUGCGGCCUCCUGGUGUUUGCUACUACUGGCUAUACAUCCAGAGUGGCAAGAUCGUAUAAGGAAGGAGGUCGCUCAAGUUUGCCCAAAUGGCCUGCCAGAUGUAAAUUCAGUCAUGAACUUGAAGACGGUGACUAUUGUGAUUCAAGAAGUGUUGCGUUUAUACCCACCAGCAGCCUUCGUGUCAAGAGAGGCCCUUGAAGAGACCCAAGUUGGAAACAUUGUCAUCCCCAAGGGUGUAUGCUUGUGGACUCUCAUUCCAACACUGCACAGGGAUCCCAAUAUUUGGGGACCAGACGUCAACGAUUUCAGACCAGACAGAUUCACCGACGGUGUCUCCAAGGCUUGCAAAUUUCCCCAAGCCUAUAUCCCCUUUGGACUGGGUCCUCGCUUGUGCUUGGGGAAAAACUUUGCUAUGGUUCAAUUGAAGGUUCUCCUCUCUCUCAUUGUCUCCAACUUUGCUUUCUCCCUAUCUCCCACGUACCAACAUUCUCCUGCUUAUAAAAUGAUUGUAGAGCCCGGAAACGGUGUUCAUAUCCUCAUCAAAAGGAUAUAACUUCCGCCAAUGAAUAACACUUAUAUAUAGGCCUCGCCUUUCUCUUCUUUUCCUCCUUCAAUUUUAACAACUUUCCUUUCUAAUAGUACUAGCUAGGCAAAGUGAAACUCUUGCUGUUUCUACUUUCUAGUGCACGCAAUGGAUCGAUGUAUUUGUACAUAUUCCCAAUCUGUACUUCUUUCAUCUAUUUAGUAUUUACUUUUUCUCA